GUCAUUUCUCAGUUAACGCUGAGUUGUUAAACCGUAAAGUAGUGUUGCCUCAAACAACGCUUACGCGCCAAAAACGAAAAUACAGUCAAAACGAAAGUUGCCAUAGAAACUGUCAACAGCCAACCAAACACAUCAAUCCAUACAUGCGAACUUGUACAUGGAUAUCUCAUGUAGACACAAACAAAGAAAAAACAUUCCUUUUAAUUAAUUUAUGGGAAGUAAUGAGCUCGUACGUGAAUCUCGAUUCGAAAGCGGAACUAAAAUUCUAAAUAGGUCUGCCAAAAGUUUGAUAGCCUUAGAGAAACAAGGAAUUUGCACACAAUAAGGACUGCUGGUCUUAUUUGGAAAAUACCAAAGCAUUAUUUAAACACAAAGUAUCAGCGUUGUCCACCAUUGUUGGGAAGUUCAUCGUGUGUCAUCAUUAAACUUUUAUGAUAGGAAAAUGGCCCAGGCAAUAAGUAACGCCUUGAACAAUGACACUGAGAUGAAAGCAAUGGAUGCCAACAGAUAUGCCACAAAGAAAACCAUUGCCCAAGGCAUGCUGGACAUUGCCCUCUUGACGGCGAAUGCUUCACAACUCAAGUACAUACUCCAAGUGGGCGAGCAGCAUCAGUUCUACAAAUUAAUGCUGAUUUUGAUCAGUCUCUCUAUAAUACUGCAGCUUUUGGUGGGCAUAUUGUUUGUGAUCAUUGGAAGUCUGAAUAUAAAUCGCAAACAGGAUCAGACAGCCGCCAUUAUAUUGAACGAUAUAAUCAUGGUUAUCGUCUUUGUCAUAUCAGUCAUAAAUGUGGUCAUAUCCGGGUUUGGAAUAGAAUACUCAUCGCAACCAUUGAGGCUUUUGGAUCAACAUCAGAAGCAGCCCUAAAGUCGACAUUAAAAAUAUUAUUUUUAAAUCAUUAUGCUAAAUAUAAAAAUGUACAUAUAUAUUGAUGUAUCUACAUACACACAUACAUACAUAUCGUAUUCUAAUAUUAAUCUUAAAGUUACAAUAAAAGGUAACGUCAUUGUUACUAAAACUUUUCACAUCAAAA